UGAACCUGCUGACUUGCUGUAAAGAAGCUUGUGUGUUUUCCACCAUGUCAGCGGUGACCAAUCAGCCUCUUCCCUUUGGUCGCCUGGAGCGAGAGAAACACAUCCAGAUGAUCUUCAGAGCUUUCCAGAACCGCUGUGGGCCUUCGUGUGAGUGCCACACUCACUCAACCACACCCAAACACCACCAAACACCUCCUGAGCACGAAUCUGAGCCGCUGUCAGGUCCGGUUCCUGGGAGUAAAAGGGGGAACGUCUACGCACAGCCACCACGGAUGGUGAGGAGGCCAGAGGUGGAGGAGCAGUGGCCUGGAGGUGCAGCUGGAUUACACUUUACGUCUGUGCUGGAAACAGUAAGUCAAAUACAGAUCACUGCCAGACCAGAGCUGCAAGGUCCGCAGUGUGUUCCCAGGAGGAUCUACAGCAUUGCCACAGGAGACAGGUCAAAGCUAUUUGUGGCUGUUGAAGAGAGUUCUUGUGUGUGCCUCCAGUGUUGCGGUCCAGCUCGGGCCUGCUCCCUGCAGGGCUUCGACUGUCAGGGCCGGCAGUUCUUUUAUUUCGAAAGGCCCCUCAGGGUGGAUGCGUGCUGCCUUGGCUGCUGCCUGAUGGAGAUGAGGGCCUAUACACCUCUAAAACAUCUGAUUGGCACUGUUCGUCAGAGGUGGAGCAUGUUCACCCCUCUCCUUGAGGUGUGUGAUUCAGAGGGAGCAUCCACCGUCAGAAUCCAGGGCUCCUGCUGUCCGUACCGCUGCUUCUCCAACCAGAAAUUCCAGAUUGUCUCAAAUAUUGGAGAGAAAAUGGGCACAAUAUGGAAGAAGUGGCCGGGUUUCAAUGACGAGCACAACAUGGACCAUGAAUAUUUUGGGUUGGAGGUGCCGCUGAGUAUGGAAUCACACACUAAACUGCUGCUGCUGGCAGCCACCUUCUUGUUGAAUUACAUGUUCUUCGAAAUGAGCUGAUCGAUGAAAAAGAUCAAUCAGGAGAAAAACGUACAUUGAUGAAAGUGGGCUACAACUAAUGAGGAACACCAGCUGAGUCAGUUUGUGGAACCAUUUGAAUUGUAUUUGAAAUUUGACAAGCGAAAUAUCUUUUUUGGGACACAUUUAUGAGUGAAUUGUUUUUGAAAUAUAAACAAGUGAAAUAUCAAUUUUAGGAUUCAUUUGUGAAAGAACAUGACACUGAACCAGCUUUAGCAGCAGAUGCAUAUUUGACAUUUAUUGCUAUAUUCCAUCAGGUGUACAUCCAACAGUGUUGCUUUACUUUUGACACACACCUGCACCCAUCAUCACACCACCAAACACAGGCAGCGUUACAGUUUUUCAAUGAACUAUAGAAGCGCUUUCUUGACAUGGUUCCAAAAAAUGCGCCAGAGGAAUUGAUAAAAACUGUAACAGACCCUGACCCUGGGCCCUGUUUCAUUUCUUUACUACAAAAUGGAAAAAAAGGAGUGAAGGUCAGUGUUUCAGGACUCCUAUACACCUUUCGUUGAGGACAUUAAAGCAGAGCCUGUCCCUUGGAUUCUUUCAAGGCGGGACAAAGACAAAAGAGACAAAAGGGAAAAAAUGGUUCAGGCUCGAGGCCAGGCACAGUGAUUUAGGCAGCUUGGCAGUCCAUUCUUAAGAUGCCGGUUAAAUAACCUUCUGCCCAACACAGGAUGGCCCUCAUCCUUUGGGAUUCAACUUCCAAGUCAAAGACAGAGAAUCGUUGCUGAUUCAGUUAAGUGAUCUUUGACGUGGACUGUAUUUACAAAUAUAUCGUACACAACAAUAGUAAUCGUUCUAGUUCGAAAUGACCAGAAGAAUUGUAGUUAAAAUACAGCACUGUAAUAAAAUAACAUCUACCUCCAACCCUGUUUGAGUCCCAAUAAACAGAUUUACAGACUAAUUUUAAACAGCAGGAAGUUUGUGAUGUCUC